AGCUUGAGCUGUCACGUGACUCCGGAUGUACACAUUUUAACAGACACAGACACCUGUCACUGGAAUACAGUGUUGAGUUUACAAUUUACACCUUAUUAUUUGUUACUUUGGUAAAGUAAAUAAACAACAUAGUGUCUGUAUAUAUAUGUACAUCCGCAGCGAAGUUUAUAGCAUGUUAGCUAAGUGUUUUAGAAGUUAUUUCACUAAUUAGUCCAGCUCCAUAACACAGCGGCUGAAUCCCAAAUGGCGCGCUAUUGUACUUAAAGUUCACCAGCUAGCGUGUGCAAGCCAUUAUUUCAUAGCCUGUGUAGUGCACUUGUCUAGGGAUCAGGGAGUAAUUCCGGACUGAGCAGCUUUGCGUGUUUACAGACUUGGCUGCCAGAGUGAGGUUUGAAGGAGGCGAUGGCGGGAGCGCUGCUUGAGUACGAAACGGAAAUGUUUCUGAGCCUCUUCAGCACGGAUGGUUUACUGGUCGCUGCAGAAGGACUCGGUAUUGACCGCAUUUUGUUACACUUCAUGAAGGUUUAUUCAGAGGAAGGCAGUCUGGUGCUGCUGCUGAACACAACCACUCCUGAGCAGGAGUUCUUUACAGAGCAGCUGAGAGCUGAAGGAGUGAGCCACCUUCCCCAGACCAUAAACAGUGAUAUACAGAGCAAUGAACGCUACCAUGUAUACACACAAGGGGGAGUGUUGUAUGUGACCAGCCGCAUCCUGGUGGUGGAUUUCCUCACUGACAGAAUUCCUGCUCACCUCAUCUCAGGAAUCCUCGUCUACCGUGCCCAUAAGAUCAUUGAGUCAUGUCAAGAGGCCUUUAUCUUGAGGCUGUACCGACAAAAGAACAAGACCGGCUUCAUCAAAGCUUUCACAGACAAGGCCACUGCUUUUUCUACUGGCUUCUGUCAAGUUGAGCGAGUUAUGAGGAAUCUCUUUGUGAAGAAGCUCUUUCUCUGGCCUAGGUUCCAAGCCUCGGUGAACAGUGUACUAGACAGACACAAGCCUGAUGUGGUAGAGCUGCAUGUGCAUUUGACGCCAGCGAUGAGGGCCAUCCAGAGCUCCAUUCUGGACAUCAUGAAUGCCUGUUUGAAGGAGCUCAAGCGGUACAACCCCACUCUGGAGGCAGAGGACCUCUCGCUGGAGAAUACACUGGGCAGUGCCUUUGAGAAAACCAUUCGCCAUUACCUUGAUCCCUUGUGGCAUCAGCUGGGCGCUAAGACCAAAUCUCUAGUGCAGGACCUGAAGAUCUUGCGAACUCUGUUGCUCUACCUCACGCAGUACGACUGCGUCACUUUCCUCAACCUGCUGGAGUCCCUGCGUUCCAGCCAGAAAAACUUUGGCAGCAAUUCAGGAUGGCUGUUCCUGGACUCCAGCACGUCAAUGUUUGUGAAUGCCCGUAGCCGUGUGUAUCGCGUUCCUGAGUCAAAAAAGAAACUCAAAGUUGGUGAAGUGGAAGAAAAACCAAAUGCCUCUGUACCUUUAAAAAGAGAGCUUGUGCUUGAAAAGAAUCCGAAGUGGGAGGCUCUGACUGAGGUGCUGCAGGAGAUUGAAAAGGAAAUGAGCAGCUCUGAGCACGAACCAGGCCGGGUGCUGAUAUGCGCCAGUGACGACAGGACGUGUGCUCAGCUGAAGGAGUACAUCCGGAAAGGUGCUGAUUCUCUACUCAUCCGCCUUUACUCACGCACUAUUGGUAAAGAAGAGUGUGUAACAGUGCCCGAGAAAACUAAACAAGGUAACAAAAGGGACGAAGGAAAGGUGCCCAAGGGCAAGAAGCCCCGAGCCAAAAAUACCAAACGUGGCACAAAGAAACAGCGAGCUUCACUGACACUCACACAAAUGGUGGGGCAGCAGAAAGAAGCUGAGGUGGAACAGAUGGGCAGCAGUGGAGACGAGGGAGAACAGGAUGAAAAGCAGGAUGUGAAGGAUGAAGACGUUCUUCCAAAUCUUAAAUCAGAUUCUUACUAUUGUGUUCUCCAAGAACCCAUGAUGGUCCUUCAUCCGCUGAAAGGAUGCUCGGAUCCGUACAGUCUAACGCGUGUGUUAAAAGAGGUCGAGCCCAUGUUUGUGGUGCUGUAUGAUGCUGAACUCAGCUUUGUGCGCCAGCUGGAGGUUUACAAAGCCAGCAGGCCAGGCAAACCUCUCAGGGUGUAUUUUCUUAUUUACGGUGGCUCCACAGAGGAGCAGAGGUACCUCACUGCUCUGCGUAAAGAGAAACAAGCAUUUGAACAUCUGAUAAGAGAAAAGGCCAGCAUGGUUGUUCCAGAAGAGAGAGAAGGCAGAGGAGACACAAACCUGGACCUGGAUCGUAGUCAUGAACCUGCUCACGCUGCUGCAGACACUCGCAAAGCAGGUGGACAGGAGGUAGUCAAAGAGCCGUCCCGAGUCAUCGUAGACAUGCGGGAGUUCCGCAGCGAGCUUCCUUCCCUCCUGCACCGGCGGGGGCUCGACAUCGAGCCUGUCACCCUGGAGGUGGGAGACUACAUCCUGACUCCUGAAAUCUGUGUGGAGCGCAAGAGCGUGAGUGACCUGAUCGGCUCGCUGCAGAGCGGCCGCUUGUACACUCAGUGCCUCUCCAUGAGCCGCUUCUACCGCCGACCCGUGCUGCUCAUCGAAUUCGACCCGGCCAAGCCGUUCUCACUCGUGGCCCGUAGCGAGCUGCGUCAGGAGAUCUCAGCCAACGACAUCACCUCCAAACUGACCCUCCUGACUCUCCAUUUCCCCCGGCUGAGGCUGCUCUGGUGCCCAUCACCCCACGCCACCGCACAGCUCUUUCAGGAACUCAAGCAUGCUCGGCCUGAGCCUGAUGCCAUCACUGCCCAGGCAAUUACAGCAGAAUCAGAGACGGUGGAAGAUUCAGGAGACCUGUACAACCCCGGGCCUUACGACAUCCUGCUGCGUAUGCCUGGAGUGAACGUUAAAAACAUAAGGGGACUCAUUAAACAUGUUGCCAGCCUGGCUGAGCUGCUCACUCUGAGCCAGGAAAAGCUGAGUGAGAUUCUGGGCAGUGCUAGUAAUGCCAGGCAGCUCCAUGAAUUCCUACACAAUCCCAUGGAUGUGGCUUCAGUUCAGAAGAACAAACAAAUGAAGUAUUAGUAUGCAAACAAGACUGGCAGAAUUGUACCUCUAAAAUGUAAUGCAUUUAUAGUAUACAGAAUGUGCCUCAUGUAUAUUUAAGUGGGAUUUAUUUUUUUAAUGUGAAACAUAAUGUAAUGUGAAAAAUAAUGUACAGUAUGAAUUUGCAACUGAGUUUGUAAAGUAAAUGAUUGAACUUUUUUAUACUUUGGCCUACAUUAAAAGAAUUU